GAUUUCCGCCCUUUCUUCAAACCUGGUCUCAGAGCCAGGAGGACCUGCGCCUGCGCCUGUUGGUGUGCCCCGGAAGCAGUUUUUUGGCCCUUUGACACGUAGCAACAAUACCGCUUUGGGGAAAUCUGCUGCAGACCCUGGGGGGAUUUUAAGGCCGCUGGAGCUGUUCCGGUUCUGGAUUAUCCGCAAUGUCAGGGUUCGACAGCUUUAAUACGGAUUUCUACCAGACCAGUUACAGCAUCGAUGACCAAACACAGCAGUCUUAUGAUUAUGCUGGAGGGGGACCAUAUAGCAAACAGUAUGGUGGCUAUGACUAUUCUCAACAAGGCAGAUAUGUCCCUCCAGACAUGAUGCAAUCACAGCAGCCUUAUACUGGACAAAUUUUCCAGCCAACACAGGCAUACACUCCAUCUACACCACAAUCAAUCUAUGGAAACAAUUUUGAGGACGAGCCACCUUUAUUAGAAGAAUUAGGAAUCAAUUUUGAUCACAUCUGGCAAAAAACACUAACAGUGUUGCACCCAUUAAAAGUAGCAGAUGGAAGCAUCAUGAAUGAAACCGAUUUGGCAGGACCAAUGGUUUUCUGUCUGGCCUUUGGAGCCACAUUGUUACUGGCUGGUAAAAUUCAGUUUGGAUAUGUAUAUGGGAUCAGUGCAAUCGGAUGUCUAGGAAUGUUUUGUCUAUUAAACUUAAUGAGUAUGACAGGUGUCUCAUUUGGUUGUGUCGCUAGUGUACUUGGAUAUUGUCUUCUUCCUAUGAUCCUACUUUCCAGCUUUGCAGUUAUAUUUUCUUUGCAGGGAAUGGUAGGAGUUAUUCUCACUGCUGGGAUUAUUGGAUGGUGCAGUUUCUCUGCUUCAAAAAUUUUCAUCUCUGCCUUAGCUAUGGAAGGACAGCAACUUCUAGUAGCAUAUCCUUGUGCUUUAUUAUAUGGAGUCUUUGCCCUGAUUUCCAUUUUUUGAACUGUAUAUCUUGGAUAUUGGACAUCAGUGGGCCAAAUACUAAAAAUGUAAAACGUCGAACUUUUAAAUUGGACCAGCAGACCACACUACACCAUCACUAUCAUGCAGAUUUAACUCUUGACCUUUGGAACAAUGGGAAUAAACAUGUAUCUCUUGUUCAUUUUUAUAGAACUUUUGAAUACUUGGGUUUCCCGCAAUGUGUCUAGCUUUAAGUUUAAGUGUUUGUGCUUAUAAGAAUAAGAUGUAAUGUUUCUUUCCUGUUCCUACAGCUUUUAGAAAAACAACUUUGUUUCUUGCAAAUUAUUAUGAUGUUUUUGAUAGAUUUUUAUCAAGCAAGGGUGAAAGAAACCACAGUUAAAGGUCUUUCUAGACAUCAUUCCAUGUAACACAUUAGCAGAUAUUCCAAUGCUAGAUCUAUUGCAAAACUUGUUUCCCAAGAUAGAGAAGAAAAUUUUUAGUACGCUUGAACCAAAUGCACUUGAAGCAAACGUGAUUCCUGAUGUAAUAUGUUGUGAGUUUGCAUUUCAAAGGUUAUUCCUUUAAAUUAUCUUAUGUAAAAGAACUUGCUAAAAUGCAAAGGAGUACAAAUGACUCAGUCUACUUCUGAUAGACUCAAAAUGUGAAUAAAUGUGUAGAUAUUAGCAUUAGCAGAAAUAAAGUGACUAGGACUGGCUAGUCAAAACUAAUGCUUGUAUUAACAAUUGAUAUGAAGUUCACAGUACUUCCCAGAAAAAAAAAUCACUAGCCUUUUUGAGAAGGAUACUUAAAAUAUAGCAGUUGUCAUAAUGCAGUUAUCAAUGUAAAGUACAUUUGAUGCUUAUUGAUUAAAUUUUCCUGAAGUAAUUUUACCUGUUGUUGAGUUGGCUUUUUCUAAAUCAUUUUCUCUGUCUCACUUUCUGUGUCAGUGAUGAUUUUGAAGUCCCUUUUCUGGUCUUACCAAGCUAUAAGGAUAGGUUUAACUGAUAACAAACUUAAAAAGAAAAGAUUAAAUAUAAAGUAAUUUACUAUAGCUUUUAUAAUAUUACUUUCUUUUGCUCUCAUCAAAACUACAUUUUGUCUUAUUCUGAGUGGUGUUUUAUUUGAAUUUCACACAGAAAUAUUACAUUCUUAUAUUGAGUAUUAACUAUCCAUGGUGAAAGUCACUGAUUCCAGAUAAAAUAUAAUCAUUGAGAAAAUGGCGAAUCUCAAUAGGAAGAGAACUUUUUAAGCACGUUUAUUGAAAACACUAUAUUGUAUCAGUUCUUUAAAAAUGUUUAAUUUGUUUAUGUGAUACUACUUUUUAGAUCAUAUUUUCAAGUCUAAAAGGUGACAGAUUCAACAUGUAUUUUAAGAAGUGUUUUUUGUUUACUUUUUAUUCAUAAAAUUGAUACUUUUUUUGGGGGGGGAAAUGACAGUAUUUGGAGAGUUUUUAAAAUAGUUGAUCAACUUUUGUUAUAUUAUUGCAUGCUGGGCCAAUAUAAUUUUUAUUACUUUUUCAUAAUAAAAUAUCUUUGCAUUUU